AUGAAGUUAUCUCGCUCGGCCCUUGGGGUGCUGGGCGCCUCUGCCCUGCUGGCAUCUGGCGCGGGUGCGAUUGAUAUGGACAUCAAUUCUCCAGAAUCGAUCAAGAAGGCUGCAGGCAUUGCGGCGGCCGGCCUGCGAAAAUGGUACACUGGCGACCGACCCGGAGACGUCCCCGGCAAUCUCCCAGACCCCUACUUCUGGUGGGAAUGCGGGGCUAUGUUCAACGCUUUCAUUGACUACUGGUACUACACCGGCGACGACCAAUACAACAACAUCACGUCACAGGCUAUGCAGCACCAGAUCGGAGACUACCAAGCCUUUAUGCCGCCUAAUCAGACAAAGACGCUGGGUAACGACGACCAGGCUUUCUGGGGAAUGGCCGCCAUGUCUGCCGCGGAGAAUAAGCUGCCCGAUCUUCCCGAUGGUCAAGGCCCGUCAUGGCUUGCCCUUGCACAGGCCGUGUUCAACACCCAAGCUGUCCGCUGGAACACCGACGCCUGCGGCGGAGGGUUGAAGUGGCAGAUCUUCACCUUCAAUAAUGGAUACAACUACCGGAACACCAUUUCCAACGGAUGCUUCUUCAACAUUGCCGCCCGUCUCUACAAGUACACCAAUAACCAGACGUACGCUGACUGGGCUGAAAAGGCGUGGAACUGGGAGCUCGCCAUCGGUCUCAUGAGUCAAGAUUACCAUUACUUUGAUGGUACCGAUGACAGACAGAACUGCAGCAGCGUUAACCAUAUUCAAUGGACCUACAAUGCAGGCGUGCAUAUGGCCGGUGCUGCCGCUUUGUGGAAUGCUACUGGAAGCGAGGAAUGGAGGACGAAGCUACUGGGCAUCAUCAACGCCACCAAUGUUUUCUUCAAGGAUAACAUCAUGUUCGAAGUCGCGUGCGAGUCCAACGGCAAAUGCGAUGUCGAUCAGCGAUCUUUCAAGGCCUACCUCGCCCGUUGGAUGGGUUACACCAUGAUUGUGGCCCCGUGGACCCGCGACUUAAUGAUGAAUCGAAUGCAACUUUCGGCUCAGGCCGCCGCCAAGCAGUGCAAUGCUGGUGAGGAUCAGCAGACCUGCGGUCUCCGCUGGACCAACAACGGCGUCAACGAUGGCAGCUUCGGUGUCGGAGAGCAGAUGGCCGCGAUGGAGAUCUUCCAGAACCUCCUGAUCGACCAGGUCUCUGGUCCUGCCACGGAGAACGCCGGCGGGAUUUCUAAGAGUGAUCCGUCUGCAGGAGGUGAGGUGCAGAGCCAGCCCAUUACCUUCAACGAAAUCACGACGGGCGACAAGGCUGGAGCUGGCUUCCUGACCACCAUUGUCCUUAUUGGUAUCGUUGCGGGUGCUUGGUGGAUGGUUGCGUAA